AUGUUGUGCGGGGGCUCCCUUUUUCCGGAAUGCCGACCAACGGGGACGCGAACGGCUCCUGUGAACGUCCCGGGGACGUCCGGCGUCUCCUGCGGCCACAGGAUACGCCCGCCGGCCUCCCGGAAGAAUUAUCAGGAAAUUUAUGACGAGCUCAAGAAGUUCGGCCCGGCCGCGGAGAUGAAAUUGGGGGAGACGCCCCAAUCCAGGGAAUUAAAGAAGUUCCUCGCACAAAUGGCCAUGGAACGGCGAACCGACAAGAAAAUAAUCACCGAGACGAUUCGUCAACGAGUCGACCAAGGUCUUGAUGAUGCAUCUCGUUUCUUUGUUCAAGGUAUGGCAGCUUACGAGGAGUCCGUGCAGAUCCGUCGAGAAAAGCUGCGGAGGAUGUUGCUGGUGGAAGAGGCCUCUCUGGCGAAGGAACUCCUGGAUCGCGUUAAAAAAAUCGAGCAGUCUCGUAUGGAGGACUCGAAGAAGCAGGCGGAGGUGCUAAAGAGGCAGGAAGAGGAGGAGAGGCUAGCCACGGUUUCCGCCAAACGAACCCAGCAGGUUCUAAGACACUGCCCAACAUUGAGGGACUCCUUUUCGAAACGCUUCACCGCGAACACGAAGCACUGCAACCUCGUACAAAUGGCGGAAAACCACGCCAAGCAGCAGCAAGAAAAAGAGCUGGAGGAGUUCUGGCACGGGUUGAUGCUGAAGGAGGUCGCGGCCAAACGGUCGCGCGAGGUGGAGGAGGAGAAGAAGAGAGCCGAAGCUCGCAAGGACACGGUCGAGAUCCUGGCCGAGCAAUUAGCGAGUAAAUCGGCAUCGGAGGCUCAAAUUAGGCGGACCAAGGAAGAGGAGCGAGAACACUUGCUGCGGCUGCAAGAAGAAGAGAGGGAAGAGGAGCGGCGCCGAGAGGAGGAGGAGCGCAAGAAGAAGGCCGCGGCGAGGAAGGAUCUGGAGGAGCAGCUCUCGAGGGCGAAAACGUUGCGGGAGGAGCGAGAAAGGGAAGUGGCCACCACGGAGAGGAUGUUGAGCGAGAUGGCGAACGAGGAGCUGGCCAGGGAAAGAGCGGCCACUGGCGACACGACGAGAGCCGCUCGUCGGGAGAUCCUGGCCUAUAUGGAGGACCUGGCGGCUCGUCGAAAGGACGAGGCUAAACAAAACGCCGAAAUUGACGAACUGAUCGCCCGAUACAAUGCCGAAGCCGCGGCCAGGAAGGACCGGAUCGCCGCGCAGAGGCGCGAGGCCAGGCAGGGGAUGCUGAAGGAGGUCCUGGACGUUAGGGAACGCCAAUUAAGGGAUAAAACCGAGGCUCUGGAGCGCGAGAAGCGGAUCGAAGAGAUGGAACGCGAGCUUUUCGCGAAAGAGGUGGAGGCCGAUGCGAAGCUCCUCCAAAGGGAGAGGAGCGCCAGGAGGGAGAAGGCUCUUCGUUACGGGCGAGAAUUGCAGGAACAGCGGAAGUACCUCGAGACGUGUAGCGCAAAGGAAGCCGAGGAGAACGAGCGGAUGCACCGUAGGAGCGUGGAAAGGGAAGCCGAAUACGAAAGACUGGUCCAGGCUCUAAGCGAGACCUCCGAGGGAGCGUCGACGCCUCACCCGUUCCUGGUGCCUAUCAAGGAGCUCGUCUGCCCCAGGAUCGAGGUCCGGAAUCGAUGUCCCUUGCUCCCGGAAAUAUGCCGGGAUCCAAAGACCCCGCUGGACGACGCUCCCUCUGGAAACAGGGUUUAA